UGAGUGGGUGAGAGCGCUCUUGAGUGGGCGAGCAAGAAAGAGUAGAGGGAGAGAGGGUGGGGGGAGGCAGAGAGGUACAGAGGAUUCUGACGUUCUCUGUUGCACAAAACCGCACUGCUUGCUCUGACUGCACUAUCCAUGCUGCUGUAUCCUAGACUGUCUGCUUGAGACGGAGUCAGUUUACCGUUUAGCCCAAUGAAACGUUGUGCUGCUCCACUCUACACCCGUCCCCGACUUUUCUGUAUUUGGCCCAUCCUUUUAGUUUCUCUUUAAAAACCUUUGAUCGACUGAAGUGUUUUUCCAAGGAAAGAGACCGUUGAAACUGCCAGUAUAACCGGCUAUAAAAACGUGAAGAAGUCACUUGUUUGAAGAACUCUCUCCCUACUGCACGUACUCAACAUGAGCGAGAUGAUGCCACCACGACACACCGCACCUCCACCCCAUGGCCGCAACCCGUGCAAGCUCAGAUCCACUGGGAACCCCAACAGCAGCCAGGCGCCUGCGUCGGACAACAAAGAGAAGGCGGUUGACUCCAAGGCCCCAGCGACUGGGGAGGAGGAAGAGGAAGUGGACAUCGACUUGGAAGCGCCUGAGACGGAAAAAGCAGCGCUCGCCAUCCAGAACCAGUUCAGACGCUUCAAGAAGAACAAGAAGUAGUGACAGAAGGAGAAGAAAGAAAAAAAAGAAAAACAAAAAAGAAAAACUUUCUGCAGAACAGAAAAAUAGUGAAUGAGGAGGACGGGUAGUGUGAGGGUGGAGAAAUUGAGGAAGAGGGGGAGAGGAAGGGAGGACAGAGGCAAGCAGGAAUUGUCAUCGCAAAUCAUUUAACCAACCGAUAUCUUCACUGUGAGAGAGGGAGAGAGGAGAGGACAAGAAAGGAGAGGGAAGGAGAGGAGAGGAGAAGAGAGGGGAAGAGAGGAGAGGAGAAGAGUGGGGAAGGGAGGAGAGGGAAGGAGAGGAGAAGGGAAGAGAGGAGAAGAAAGGAGAGGAGAAGAAAGGAGAGGGGAGGAGAUAAUAUGUUAAAACAGAAUUUAGAAUCUGGCAUGACCAAUAACCCCAGUCACCACCACCUUUGCAGAUAUCCUGAUGAAUCCCCCUGCAUCCUCCCUCCCAAACGCACCCCGUCCCCCCACUCCCACUGCACAGACGCACAUCCCCAUGCCCCCCAACCCCCAAGAGAGAGGAAAACUGUUCCCUUGAAAACAGAGAACAAAGUCCUCUGACAGAACAAACACAACUGGCUGCCACACAUGACAUAUAAAAAAACACAUACUAUAUUUCCAACUCUCUGUCAUUCAUUUAACAUCUCUCUCUCUCUGUGUGUGUGUGUGUGUGUGUGUGUGUGUGUGUGUGUGUGUGUGUGUGUGUGUGUUUUUGUGGUACCCUCAAUAAGAAAGGCAGAGUUACUAGCUCAUUCUUUUUCCGAUGUAGGUCAGACAUCCGAUCGCUCGACUCAGUGGCUCUGACCUCAUGAGAGGACGUGCUGAGAUCGAUCGACAGACGGACAGAAAACUCAGUUGUACCUACGUAACCAUUAGAAACUCCAUAGAGUACAUACAGGAGCCUUUUUCCAUCCAACAACCAGUUACUGAUGCUUUUAUUGGGUCAUCAAAAACAAUAUCAAUAUCAAUCAAGAGAUGGUCAGGUAACCCUCCAGGAAAUAGAGUAUAAAGUUAACCGACUGAUAGAUAACUAUCCGGUGUGUUCAAAAUGCCUGAGCCAGUCUGUCCCUGCAGAAGAGCUUUUAGGGAAAUCUUUUUGGAAAGGUGUUGGUCACCUGGUUGUUGCUGAAUGUUGUAUUCUUGUGGGUCAGCCUAGCAGUGGUGUAGAGUUCCUUCUGCUGUAACCUGAGACCCUCUGGUCCUUAAAUAAACACUUGAUAACAUCUCUGGACCAGGUGCCAGCACCGAUACAUGACCUGAUCUAAAAACCCUGUUUACACAGACAGACAGACUGGCAGAGAGAGUGUGAGAGAUGGAAAGAGAAAGAAAGAGAGAGAGAGGGAUAUAUGGAUGACAUAAGGACAUGAGACAGAGAUAGACAGACUUGAAGGAAAAGCUCAAGAGAGAGAGAGAGAGAGAGAAAGUGAGAGAGAGAGAGAAAGAGAGAGAGAGACGGAUGGAUGGAUGGAUGACAUAAGGACAUGAGACAGAGAUAGACAGACUUGAAGGAAAAG